GCUUCAUCGAGUACUGCUCUGAUUGGUGUGUAUCAUGUCAGUGUAAUCAUCAGUUUGUUACUGACGAUAGCUGUCUGAAAUGUUCCUGCGUUCGUUGCCAAACUCCAGUAAAUGUUCUGUUCACCACUUUACCAUCUUGUACAUAAUCAUAUGAGGAAGUGGAGUUUGGGACACAUAUGGCUGUGUAUGAUGAGAAUAUCCUAAAGAACCCUUUUUACCUGGCCCUGGAAAAACACCGACCGGACCUGUGCAGCAGGGUGGCAGAACUUCAUGGCAUUAUCCUGGUACCGUGUUGUGGAAGUUUACCAACGGGCUCUUUUACAGCAGCUCAGUUUGACGAAUACGUGCUUCAGCCUGCUGAACAGGGUUACAAGACGCUAGAUGGAAAGGAAGUGUCUAUAGACAAUAACCAGGUCCGUCUGGGGGAAGGGUUUCCCAAUCCCACCUCUGUCCCCAUCCUGUUUGAGGAGACUUUCUACAAUGACAAAGAGCAGGCCUACAGCAUACUAUGCAUCACAAGACCCUUCAAUUCUGACCACAGCCCUGAGGAGUUGAGUUCUGUUUCUGCUCUGUACUGUCUGAAGAAUAUUGAGGAAGUAAGGGAAUUCUUGGGCCGCCAUGCUGAAAAACUGGACAAGUUUGUGGCAACCUUCUGUCAGUCCUUCAAAGAACAAGAGAGGAAGGGCCUACGACAUCACAUAGACUCUGUAAAUACCCUUUACACAAAAUGUCUUCAGUGGCUGUUGAGGGACUCUCGUCUGAGGCUUUUGGCGAGACAGGAGAUACAGAUGACUCUACUCAAACAAGCAGUGGAGAUGUACAUCCAUCAUGGCAUCCAUGAUCUACUCUUUAGUUAUGUGGGGACUCUUGAAGCAAGCCGGGAUGCAGCUUUCAACAAAACAACACGAUCCUUACAGGAUCUACAACAGAAAGAACUUGGUGUGAAGUCAGAAUUCAGUAUAAAUAUUCCUCGGGCUAAGAGGGAAUUGAGUCAGCUGAACAUCUGCACAUCUCCCUUGCAGAAACUGCUCUGCAUAAGGAAAGUUAUUUUAACCAUCAUGCAGUCAACCAGACGCCGAGAUACAGCGGUGAGCAUUGAGGCCAUGUGUGCUGAUGAUCUUCUGUUAGUCAUUCUCUAUCUGCUAAUCAAAACAGAAAUUCCGAACUGGAUGGCAAAUCUGAGUUAUAUAAAAAACUUCCGCUUCCGUAACUCCAGUAAGGAUGAUCUGAGUUACUGUCUUACCUCGUUUGAGGCUGCUGUGGAGUACAUCAGCCAGGGGAACCUCACACAGAUCACUCUGGGGUCAGGAGAUAGACUGUCCUUCAGACAGAAGGUGGACCUGCUGUCCCAGAAUGCUACGCCUAUAGAUCAACUGUUUGAGCACAUUGUGAGCGGAAAUGAGGCAGAAGUUCAGCGUUUGCUGAGUGAAAGCGAGAGUGAGGAGGAUGGGAGGAAGUUAUGUCACCCACUCUGUUCCUGUGAUGCCUGUGACCUCCACAUCUCAGGGAGAUUAAAUGACCCAUCCAUAGUCACUCCAUUCUCUCGGGAUGACAGAGGCUAUACUCCUCUACAUGUUGCUGCUAUUUGUGGUCAGUCCCUGCUGAUUGAUUUGCUGGUGUCAAAGGGAGCUGUGGUGAAUGCCACGGAUUACCAUGCGCUCACACCGUUACACUUCUCCUGCCAGAAGGGCUACCAGGGGGUCACGCUGCUGCUCUUGGAUUAUAAGGCAAACACAGAUGCUCAGGAUAACAAUGGAAACACCCCUCUACACCUGGCCUGCAUGUAUGGACACGAAGAUUGUGUGAAGGCACUGGUGUACUUUGACCUGCACUCCUGUCGACUGAACGUUCAGAAUGAUAAGGGAGACACGCCGCUCCACAUCGCCGCUCGCUGGGGUUACGAGGGCAUCAUGGAAGUGCUCCUGGAGAAUGGAGCAUCAACACUCAUCCAUAACAAAGCCAAGGAGACUCCUUUACACUGUGCCCUCAACUCCAAGAUUCUGUCAUUGUUGGAGCGCAAACAGAAUGACUCCAGUAAAAGGGAAAGUGGAUUUGAGUCUCCGAGUCGCUCUCCUCAGCCGUCUGAUUGCAGCAGUAGACGUUCGUCUAUGUCCAGCACAUCAUCAUGGAGUGUUGAGGUCACACCGCCAGAGACCGAACGCACCCGACACAAAGAGGUGGAGAAGUUGUUGAGAGCUGUGGCUGAUGGAGAUGUGGAGAUGGUGCGUUAUCUUUUGGAAUGGUUGGAUGAGGAGCCAGAAGAAGAGGAAGUUACAGUGCCAGUUAAGACAGAGCUGUGCCAUCCUCUGUGCCAGUGCUCCAGCUGUGAACCUACACAGAAGAAAGCAGCCCAUCUGCAGCCGGUUGGUCUCGGUGUGAACAGCAGCAGUGCCGACGGCUUCACACCGCUCCAUGUGGCAGCGCUGCACGGGCACACGGCUCUGGUGUCUCUCUUCACACACCACAGUGCCAACAUCAACGCCCGCAACAACCAGAGCGCCACUCCACUUCACCUGGCCUGCCAGAACAGCCACAUACAGGUGGUGUCUGCUCUAUUGGAGUGUAAUGCCAAACUGAAUAAGAAGGAUCAUUAUGGAAAUACAGCGCUGAUUCAUGCUUGUCUAAAGGGAAAUCUGGAGAUAGCCACUGUCUUGCUGGAGAGCGGUGCGCUGGUGAAUCUGGCUAAUAACCACGGUAACACUGGGCUGCAUGAGGCGGUGAGGGGGGGACACAUCCAGCUGGUGGAGCUGCUUCUGCACAGGGGGGCUUUGGUGCACCUGCGCAACAAGAGACAGAGGACCGCCCUCGACUGCGCUCAUGAGACUGCUGGAAAGAACACAGAGAUUCAGAGACUCCUGCAGAAAGCCUGUGCUGAUGCCCCGGAUGUCCGUCUGGUCAAACCACACUCCAGAGGACCAGAGGGCAUUGUGGGAAACUCAAUAGUGCAAAGAGUGAAACGACGUGAGAGUCCCAACAGUGGCAGACGAGACAUAGACCACACCAAACAAAGGAGUCAGAAGAGGAUUGAUAGAGCAGCAACCACCUCAGCAGUGGCAGACCAGACUCCAGACAGUCAGAGUGACAGACGGAGACUGACGAGAGGAGAAACGGUGGACAGCAGCGGCCCGUUCUGCCACCCACAGUCGCCCCACAGCCAGUCCAGGAGCCUGACCCGCUGCCACACCAUCAGCCAGGACCUGACACAGCACUCGCUGCACACCCCACAGGACCCCGAACCCUCAGCCAGCCCUCCACAGGUCAACGGUGACUCUGCAGUGGCAAUGGAUGUGGAGGAGGAAGACGCCCAGUCCAGAGGAAGCCAUGUGGACCCUGCUGCCACAGAAAUGGACAGUGUUGUGUUGUGAUGCCCCUGAUGUCAAACAACUGCUUAAUGGACUAAAUAUAAAUCGCUCAUAGUAAAUCUGUUCCGCCACCCCGUCCUGGUCUGUAUUGUGUUUGAGUGUUGAAGUAACUGAUUGACCUGACAAUGCAAGAACUAUGGUUUCCAAGGUGAACAUGUUUCCUCAUGCCUUUGGUUUAUGAGAUGGUUAAAAAAAAAACUGUUUUAGAGGUUUUAAGAGUCUGUAUGUGGAAAACACAAAGUGCUCCAUAGCAAGAAGAGGAAGUUGCUUUUUUAAUUCCACUUACAAAUGUUGCUCUUAAAUCACAAUAUAUAAGAACGGUGUUUUGCAUGUGUCAACACUGAAGGGUGAAAUGACAAAAACAGCAAUGAAAAGUAUAAGGCAGGAACCAGCUUUAGUGAAUAUUUCGGAUGUGUGAAGAAACUUUCGUAUUUUAUAACAUGUAGGUUAAAGGGAGACAUUUAGAAUAACCUGUACAGAAAGAAUGUGGAAGGUUUUUUUGUUUUGUUUUUAAACUAGCACUUAAUUUUCUUUCAGAAUGUCACAAUAUAAAAGGGAUAAUUAAGGAUAAAAUGAUGUAGCAAGAUUUUAGUUUGUUCUUUACAAAACUGUGUUUCUUUUUCUUUAAUCAUAUUUACAUUUGCUAAACAUCUCUGUUUGUAGGUGACUUUACUAAUGGUGACUUUUUUCACAUGAUUAGAUGCUGUUACAAUGGGUAGUUAAUAGUGUAUUUUUUCUUUUCUUUUAAUGUCUUCCCUUUUUCCUGUUUUGAUUACUUCCAUUGGUCUUUUAUGGUAUGAAUCUCUAUAAACUCUGUCCCUCAAACAAAACAAUUCAUUACUCUGAUAUUAAAGCUGAUAAAUCACUUUUAAUAAUAAUGCAGAGAAAUUAUAUUUGGUUUGUGGAUUUUUUUUUUUUUUUUUUUAUCACAAGGUGAGAAUGUUGCAUUUGUACAAGUGAAGACUUCCUGCAGAAUAAAUGUGAUCUGGGUUCAGCAGGGGCAGUAUUCUGGACCACGGCCCUAUUUAAAUCAUGCACUUUAUUCCCUUGCAAGGUUACUGUGUUUGUUUGGUUUACCAAUAUGACUGCAGUUUACUAACAACACAUUUUGAGUGACAGGCAUAAGUGCAUUUUCUACUGAAAGAGUGUGUUGGCAAGGUUAGGAUUAAUGCUGGACAGGAAGUAAUUAAAUAUCUUCACAUAAAUUGACCAUGAAAUAAAAACAGCUGGUUUGUGAUCAAAUGUCACGUGUCUUUGAAUGUAAGGGUUCUUUGUGGCAAUCUAAAGAACUAGAGAGCAAUUAUUUUUGUAUGAUUUUUUUUUCUGUAACAAUGCAGUAAAUGUGCCUUAUUUAAUUUGUGCCAACAUAAUGUAAUAAAACCAUAUAACAAGAAACAAAAUAA